AACAGAUAACAUUGUUUCCUCAGUAGGUUGUUGUUGCAUUAAGAAUUCCUGAUUCGUAUAAGUAGUAGCUUGUAAAACAUAAAAUGUUGGUUUGCACAGUAUUUUUGUCGUUCUUUAGUAUAAGAUACGCGGUAACCUCGCAAUGCUCUGUUAGUGAAAUAAAGAGUCUUCUAGACGGUUGUGAUAGAUUAUCCGGUUUAAAUGUUACUAGCGUUGGAGGAACUAUUGUUAAUGACCACAACUGCGAUGUAUUGCUGCCGAAGCAAGUUUUUUUGGAAGAACCCCUCUUCCAAUAUAUUUCAGCGGACUCGAAAAAAUUCUACACACUAAUAAUGGUUGAUCCAGAUGCCCCACCUCAAUUAGAGGGCGAAUUCUUUUUACACAUGUUAAAAUCCAACAUUCCUGGUCUUGCUUUGAAGGCAAAAGAAAGCAGCAAAACAGUUGGAAUAGAUUACCGAGGUUACAAACCACCAGCGCCACCUCGCGGUACAGGCGUGCAUCGUUACAUCAGCUUGCUUUACGAACAGGCUGACGGCAACAAUUUCCUUCCCACUGUGCCUGCCUCACGCAAUCGUUUUACACUUGCCAAGUGGCUUGUUGGAAAGAACCUUUGCGGACCGGUCGCCGGCAUUCAAUUCAAAUCUGAAUUCUAGAUGGCGUUACUGGUUUCAGUUGUAAUAAAAGCAGGUAUUUCAUAGUGGUCAUAGAAAAUUAUGGAGCAAAAAAUGCCUUUUUUAAUUAGUCA